ACACGAAUUCGAAGAACGCGGGAGCACCCGAGUCUUCUGCUGCUCGUGGAGGUGCGGAUGCGGACGCUUCUGGUCAAGCGAACAGUUCUCAAGGCGAUCAGAGAGGAGGUGCAGCAGGAGGCGAUGGUGUUGGAGGCGAUGGUGGAUCGAAGCUUCCGGCAGCCCCUGAUGCAACCACAGACGGUAAUACUGAUGUUGCUAAUGGAGGCACUCCAGCACUGGCGCAGCAGACUGGGACCCCAAGUGCGGCUCUCGAAAACAAUGAAGAUAGUGGUGGUGUACAAAAAGAUGACAACGGCGGCUCAGGACCGGAAGGUGAGCAGGUGACUGGUGUGCAAGGUGCAACGCAGAGUCCGGGUCGUGGUCAGGUUGAUGCUGGUGCUGAAGCUGCUGCCAAUGCGGGCAUUGAUGCCGGAGGAGCACGCAAUCCUGCAGGUGACGGCGAUGGGCACAGCUGUGAUGACGCAACAAAGGAUGAUAAGAAAAAUUCGAAGAAGAAGAUGGAUGAAGGGGCCAGCACCAUGGACGUUCGUGGAGAAGGCCACAUCAACAGUGGUGGCGAGGACACUUGCUCUGCCGGCGGCGAGAACCAACGGGACGAUGCACCACCCUUGGAUGUAGGAGCUCCUUCUACGACAGCAGCAGGUAAAUCUGCUGGUGGCAACGGUACGACAGGCGAUGCAGAUGGAGGUGGCGGUGGAAGUGGACUUGGCUCUGGAGGUAGGGAUGGGGAUGACACUCGUGUUGGCCAUGCCGUUGUCGUGGACUCCGUUGAGCGGGACACUCAGGAACAUGGGUCUACAACUGAUUCGCGACAUCCUCGAAGAGACUCACUAGAACACUCUCAGGAACAUGUUUGUGGACCUUCUGCUGGUCUUAGUUCAGGUACUGCGAAUUCUAUGGGCAGGAAAAAUACGUCUGGGAGUGGAACGGAUGUUGACGUGGGAACAAAUUCCGGAUUUGCUGUUAUUAUUUCCGGAGGCCCUCCGCUACCUCCGUCGAAAGCUGAAGCUUUACAAGAUCCUGGAUCUCCGACCCACGUACUAGUACUCGAUGUCGAUGGAGGAGGAGCUGGCUCUGGUCAGGCACCGCAGUGGCCCACUUCUAGUGCUGAAGAAAGCAAGUGGAUGCCGGAUUGGGCUUUUUACCUGUUGGUGUUCGGCACUGCAGGGGCUGUUGCGCUCACUGGAUUGCUAAUUUGGUGGCUCCGUCCUUGUGGCGGACCGAGCAAGUCGUCUCCGUGGGAGACGUCGGCGGACGGGAUUCGUGGGCCGACCGUCGUGUAUUCUGCCACAGCUCCUCACGCGGGUUCGAUGGGCGGGUCCUCGUCGGAUCAUGUUGCGGAAGAGCAAUCUGGCACCAAGCAUGCUGACAGCAGUAGUACCACGACCACAUCUAGUGAAGAGGUACCAUUGAUACGUGCCAGCACGCGGUCUAAGCGCUCAGCCUCCAGACGAGGAUCAAAAAGCAAGCGCAAGAAACGAUCGAAAAGCAAGAAAGCUGAACUGGAACGACGCAAGAGUCAGGAAGCAGCGGUGAGGGCAUCGAGACGCUAUUCAGAUAGCGCUGCGAGCUCAGUCAUGUCGGAAGUUUGACGAAUACAACUUGCCUCUACAUGAAGAUGUAGUUGGUUGUUUGAUGGACCUUGAAGGCUGCUCGUCGACGGAAGUUGAUUCAUCUUGAAAUGUUGUAAACGAGUGUCCUGUCAUGCUACUCCUAGUCUAUCCAACGACUUCAUAGACUAUCCUUGUCUCGAUGGAGGCUCACAAACAUGAAAAUGGUCUUCGUCAUCCCUUGUUGUACAUAUGGUUUUUGAGUGGUGUGUCAGCAUGAGGAAUCCACAAUGUCCACAUGGUUCCUAGCACGUAAAGAAGUGAGGUCCACUACCGCUGAACAUGAGGUCCACAUAUUGUUCUUGAAGGGUUACUAGCAUUUCAUUUUCAUUUCCCACUAGUAGUGGCUGCGUCUGCGGCAAUUGUCUUUAUAUUUCCCACUACGUAGUAGAAGACAAACUCACAAUAGAUUUCCACGUAAUACGAAAAACUUCAUAAGAAUGUACAGGUGUAGAAGAUAAGGUGUAGCUAAAUUGAUCAAUCAUAGUUGUCCUCUUUUCUCCUAGAUCUUUGACCCUCUAGAAAUUAUAUCUAUAAGUAUAAUACGUUUAGCACUUAAUCUCACCUACGGCGCACGGUCCUGAGUACUUGAAUAAGACUGUUUGACUGGGAUGCAUAGAAAGCUGGAACCUAAAAGAUUACAGUCACUAGACUGUGAUUCAUUUUCAUCUAGCCAAGGAGUAGAGGAAUGUUUUUGACCUGUUUUCUUACGAUUUCCAUCUGAUAGUGCGGAUAUCCUCGCGCCAACCACGCUCAGGUUCGAGGAAUAUCAUAGACUUUUCUUUCCUUGAGGACACGACACGGGGACCGGACUUUCACAUGUCCUUGCAAUGAGACUCGAACUUAGACUCGAAACCAUUACUGCACGUGCUGUAUCUGGAGAGGACGAAAAAACUUCUAGCCCCGCACGAUCAACAUAUGGUCAUACAUAGUCAUACGGUCGGACUUGCGACACAUGAUUAUCCAGAAACUGAGGUGCUUCCUGGUUCAUACCGCAGUUUCAUGAACAUCACAUGAUUAGCCAGUAACUGAGGUGCUUCCCAAUUUGAAUUCAAAAUUCGUUGAGUCGUCGGGAGCAUGAGAGAUCUUCAGGAUGGGACUCAUCCGGCGUUCUGGAUACGAGGCUGAAGUGGAUGCGAGGCUUCUGAACCUCGUUGGCGUCCAGCGUUAUGUCAUCG